CGGAAAGCCUGCACGAUUGAAUGUUUAAAAAUCAACAUGUAAAAGUGGGUAUGGAAUAGGAAGCUGUGCAGGUUUGACCACUGGUUGAGCCCGUAUGGUGAAAGCAUUCAGUUCUCCAGGUCAGAAAGUAUACAUGAAGCUCUGGAUCUGAACCUGCUAUGACUGACCCAGACGUUCUCACUGAGGUCCCAGCAGCUCUCAAACGCCUUGCCAAAUAUGUGGUGCGUGGCUUUUAUGGCAUUGAACAUGCUUUGGCUCUGGACAUUCUCAUCAGGAACCCCUGUGUGAAGGAAGAGGACAUGUUAGAGCUUCUCAAGUUCGAUAGGAAGCAGUUGCGGGCUGUCCUCAAUACCCUCAAGGGUGACAAGUUCAUCAAAUGCAGGAUGAGGGUAGAGACGGCUCCAGAUGGCAAAACCACCCGUCAUAACUACUACUUCAUCAACUACCGUCUUCUGGUUAAUGUGGUGAAGUACAAGCUGGACCACAUGAGGAGGAGGAUUGAGACGGAUGAGAGAGACUCCACCAAUCGUGCCUCUUUUAAAUGCCCCAUUUGCUUCAGCACCUUCACAGACUUGGAGGCCAACCAGCUGUUUGACCCCAGGACAGGAACCUUCCGAUGUACUUUCUGCGAGACUGAAGUGGAAGAAGAUGAGUCGGCAAUGCCUAAAAAGGAUGCAAGGACACUGGUGGCAAGAUUCAAUGAGCAGAUUGAGCCCAUUUAUGCUCUGCUUCGUGAGACAGAAGACGUUAAUUUAGCCUAUGAAAUCCUGGAGCCAGAACCCACAGAGAUUCCUGCCCUGAAGCAGAGCAAGGAGCGUGCAGCUGGUCCUGGUUCAGGGACAGCAGCUGGUCUUGCAGGUGGACACCAUCGGGAAGCAUGGACUACAAAAGGACCAUCAUAUGAGGACUUGUAUACCCAGAAUGUUGUCAUCAACAUGGAGGACCAGGAAGAUACCAAUCGGUCUGCAGGUGAAGGAAGACCAGCCAGAGAAAGGCCUAUUUGGCUACGGGAGAGCACGGUGCAGGGGGCUUAUGACCCUGAUGAAAUCAAAGACGGGGGCAGGGAUGUGGAUGCCUUCCAGGAGCGUGAGGAGGGCCGGGCAGCUCUGGAUGAUAACGAGGAGGUGAUGCGUGCCCUGCUCAUCCACGAGAAGAAGACACCUUCUGCCUCAGCAGUCACUGUCGGAGGCGGCGCUCCUCUCUCUGGUCCCAAUGCUAGUGACUCCGAGAGUGAGACAAGUGAGUCGGAGGAGGAAUCCCCUCCCCGCCCUCCCACAACAGCCACCUCAGUGUACGGGCUGGAGGAGGAGGAUGAGGAUGAAGAGUUCGAGGUGGUGGCAGAAGACCCCACUGUGAUGGUGGCUGGGCGCCCAUACUCGUACAGCCAAGUGAGCCAGCGCCCUGAGCUGGUGGCCCAGAUGACACCAGAGGAAAAAGAGGUUUACAUAGCCAUGGGGCAGCGCAUGUUUGAGGACAUGUUUGAUUAACUGCUGCCCCGCCAUGGCGUUUUUCAUCAAGUGACUUUUUAAUCCACAAACUCCCUAGUGAAACACAAGACUGAAGGGCA